AUGACUGAAAUUGAAAAUUGGACUUCAUUACUAAGAAUAGAUAAUGAGAACGAGAAACUAGAUUUAGUUGAAAAGAUACUCCAAUUGCAAGAAAAGAACUUAGAAGCAGCAGAAUUAGAACUUAAAAAACUGAAGAUUAAAGCAAAUGUUAUUAAUACUCAACAAGUAUACCAUAAUCAAGAAAUGAAAAACUUAAAUAAUGAAUAUGCUGAGUUUCAGAAGGAUCUUGAUAAAAAUGGAGCAUUAACAGAAGAAGAAAAGUUAAUGAUAGAUAACGAAUAUCAAAAACAGAUCAAAACAAAGCUUGCUCAGUUAUAUGAAUGCGUUAAAGAAAGUAAUGAAUUCGAAAAUCGUAUACAAGCGUUAGAAAAAACUUUUGGUCCAAAAUAG